AGGCCUUCCUCUUUUCAUUCUCUUUCUUCCCUGCUCAUUGAUCCUUUUCCUUGCAAGCUGUGCAUUCUCGACAUGGAGGCACCACAGCGAGCCCUGCGAUGGUCCUCUUCUUGGUGUUCAAGGUCCCCAAUUGUCUUGCUUCUUCCCAGCAGAAAGGAGGUCACAUUUGGCCUCGAGCAAUCGAAGAUCAAAGGAGGUCAAAUCGGAUGGCUUAGUGAGUUUUCGUAUAAAUAGGCAUUAAAGAGGGUACCCGAAGGAGAAGAGCUGAAAAAUAAAAAAAGUGCCGAUAGAGAGAGAAGGUAGAGUUUGUUUUGGAAUCAGCUAGCAAGUUGUAAUCGUGCAUCCAGAAGCUCGGAUUGAAAGAAGAUUUUCAUCUGUCACCCACCGUCAGAUUGCAAUUCAAAAAAGAUUCUUGUUCAAUCUGCAUGUAUGCCUUUAGAUUUGUAGGGAAUAAAGCUUAAAUUCGAGCUUGAAGGACAGACCCAACAUCGGGCCUCCUCUUUAGUUCUUUUUUUAAUCUUAUUUUAUUUUAACCUGUUUUUUACUUAAAAUUUCAUGGUUGUUGAUCUGAUUCAAGUAUAUGAGUUUAGACUUUGUGUUUAAGUCCUGUCCUUGACGAGAGAUUCAAGGAUUUUUCUGUUUAGCUGUUCUUGUCUUGCAGUUUCAGUAGGAGAAUAAGCUGAAACUCCCAUGAUAUCAUUUACUAUUAUUAUUUCUUGUGCUUGGAAUAAACUCUCAUAAUUAAAUUAUGCACCUCUUUUUGGCAGAAAGAUUUGGAGUGCAGAAGGUAAAGCAUGUCAAAGUUAUCGUCUGCAGACUAUGAAGUAGGAACCAACUGCAAGCUGAUUUUUUCAAAAUCAUGGAAAAUGAUAUGUGUAAAUGAUUGCUUUGCUUGAGGAUUAAUAACAGAAUUCAGUAAUC